AUGGCCAAUAUCUCAUAUUCACCCUUCCUGACCAAUGUUACCUUCUUGCAUGAAAACACCACUUCACACGCAGCAAGCAGCUUCCUGCGUCUUCAAAAAAGCAUGCAUUUGCUUUCCAUGGUGGUCUAUGGUGUCUCAUGUCUCCUGGGAGUGACUGGAAAUGGGCUGGUCAUCUGGAUUGCUGGCUUCAAGAUGAAGAAGACGGUGAAUGUUGUGUGGUUUCUCAACCUGGCAGUCGCCGAUUUUGUCUUCACGUUUUUCCUGCCCCUGAGCAUCGCCUACACUGCUCUAGGCUUCCACUGGCCCUUUGGGAAACUCCUGUGCAAACUGAACAGUGCUAUAGCCUUCCUGAACAUGUUUGCUAGUGUCUUCCUUUUGAUGGUGAUCAGCGUGGACCGGUGUGCUUCAGUGGUCCACCCUCUGUGGUCCAGAAACUACAGGACCACAAAGUUGGCGUACCGAAUUGCACUGGCUACGUGGGCCGUCGCCUUCGUCCUCAGCUCUCCGUAUCUAAUUUUCCGAGAUACAGCGACCAACUCCAAGAAUGGCACCAGCUGCUACAACAACUUUGCGCUGUCCAGUGACUAUACAGGCGAGGAGACACGAAGGAUUUGGAGGGCCAGGAACCAAAUCAUGACCAUCAUUAGAUUCCUGUUUGGUUUCCUCAUUCCCUUUUCCGUGAUCUUGGUCUGCUACAGCGUCGUUGGAUUCAGGAUGAAGCAGAGACACCUAACCAAAUCCUCAAAGCCUUUUAGGAUCAUCAUUGCCGUCACAGUGUCGUUUUUCCUCUGCUAUUUCCCUUACCAUGUCUUCUCUUUGCUGGAAAUGUCCAAAAGUCCUUUAAGCCAUGAGCUCAAAAUCGCUCUGUUUUUAGGGAUACCAUUGGCUUCUAGCCUGGCUUUCUUCAACAGCUGCAUCAACCCCAUCCUAUAUGUGUUUGUAGGACAGAAGAAGUUCCGACGGUCCAUCAUCUCAGCCUUUGAAGGGGCAUUUGGCGAGGAUUUCAUCUUGUCUUUAUCCAGCAAGAGAAAAUCUAGAUCCAUCUCUCAGGUGGAGAUCCAGAUGACUACAUAA